AUGCCACCGAAAAAAGCAGUUAAAGAAGAAAAAAUUUUAUUAGGAAGGCCGGGUAACAAUUUAAAAAUUGGCAUUGUGGGCAUGCCAAAUGUUGGCAAAUCUACGUUUUUUAAUGCAAUUACAAAAAGUGCAGUGGCUGCGGAAAAUUAUCCUUUCUGUACAAUUGAUCCAGAAAAAUCAAGAGUGGCAGUACCAGACGCUCGGUUUGAUUGGCUAUGUGAAGUCUAUAACCCAGCAUCCAAAGUACCGGCUUAUCUUACUGUUAUUGAUAUUGCAGGGUUAGUUAGAGGUGCAGCUUCUGGCGAAGGAUUGGGUAACAACUUUCUCAGUCAUAUUCAGGCCGUAGAUGCUAUUUUUCACGUUGUCCGAGCAUUUUCUGAAGAGGAUGUUACUCAUGUUGAAGGAGAACUUGAUCCUAUAAGAGAUUUAGAAAUUAUUCAUCAUGAACUUCGUCUUAAAGAUGAAGAAUUUCUCACUAAAAAGAUUGAAAGUCUGGAAAAGGUAACGGCUCGCGCAGGGAAAGGUGGCAGUGUAACAGACAAGGCAAAAAAGGAAGAAUUGGACAUUAUACAAAAGGUGCUUAAUUUGGUAAAAGAGGAAAAGAAGGAUGUCAGAAAAGGUGAUUGGAAUAAUAAGGAAGUUGCAGUUAUCAAUACUUUACAAUUGCUUACUGCAAAGUCAGUAAUUUAUUUAGUUAACUUAAGCGAGAAAGAUUAUAUUCGCAAAAAAAAUAAAUGGUUAGCAAAGAUCAAAGCAUGGAUUGAUGAAAACAACCCAGGAGACUUAUUACUACCUAUGAGUGCAGCCCUUGAAUAUCGUCUUUCAACUCUAGAAACCAACGAAGAGAGAGAAGCAUUGCUAAAAAGCUUAGAGACCCAAUCUGCACUACCACGUAUUAUCAUUACGGGAUAUCAAGUGCUUCAAUUAAUAUAUUUUUUCACUUGUGGAUCAGAUGAAGUUAAAGCCUGGACAAUUAGGAAACAAACUAAGGCUCCACAGGCUGCUGGAGUGAUUCAUCAAGAUUUUGAAAAAAGUUUCAUUCUCGCUGAAGUCAUGCGAUAUGAAGAUUUAAAAGAACUUGGUUCUGAAUCGGCAGUCAAAGCAGCUGGAAAAUAUUUGCAAAAAGGAAAGGAUUAUGUUGUAGAAGAUGGUGACAUUAUUAAUUUUCGGGCAGGUCUUGCAAACAAGAAAUAA